GUACAAUCUUUCCUUUGCAGGUCAGUCUCACGUCAUCGUGCUACUCGUCUUGCCUGGAUUCCACCGAAUGAACGUGUACCGCCUCCAGAUGUCGCUCCUCAAGUUGUACCUAAUGCCUCCCAAGGAGAUCACCCAGCGACUGCUCAAGAACAAGCAGCCGUGGCUGAUGAAAGUCCUUGUGCACCCACUACUCCUUACUACCCUGGUUCAGCCUACAGUAAAAUGCCAAAUUUGAUCAUGUCUUUUGUGACCGUUGCAUCUCCAGUCAAAGCUCGUCAAUCAAGUGAGCCCUCACACUAUUUUGUCCCAUCAACCGAUCAUGAACCUGAAUCGGAAGCCCCGUCAGUCCCACCACCCCCACCUGAUCCUCUCGUAUCACAAGACCCACCAGCAAUGUCAGAUAGCUUCCCCAGCAGUCCUGCACCACCACCGAUUUCCAAAGAUGUAAUCGAAAAACUUGCAACAGACGCAGGUUCGCUACCCUACCGUUCUCAAGGAUUCUGUCUUGGCACAUUGUGCGAAUUCUAUGAGAAUCUUGAUCUCAUCUAUUCGUAUUAUUAA